UUGCUUUGGCACUUUUCUUUUGGCUUAAAAGCGAAAAAAAAAAGAAAAGAGAACGUCGUCUCCACGGUUUCAAUUUUCAAACCCAACUUGAACGUCUUCGCCAACUGUAGAUCAGAUAUGGGGUCGCAAGAGUAUUUGAACAAGAUGCAGGUCCGACAGAAUUAUCGCAACCUUUGGCACACUGAUCUUAUGAGCACAAUCCAAGCUGAUACUCCUUAUUGCUGCUUUGCUUUGUGGUGUGCACCAUGUGCAUCAUAUUUGCUUCGGAAACGAGCUCUCUAUGGUGAUAUGACAAGGUAUACAUGCUGUGCGGGUUAUAUGCCCUGCAGUGGUCGGUGUGGAGAAAGUCGUUGUCCUGAGUUUUGUUUAGCAACUGAGGUUUUUCUCUGCUUUGGAAAUUCAGUGGCUUCCACCCGCUUCAUGUUGCAAGAUGAGUUCAACAUACAAACAACGCGAUGUGAUAAUUGCAUUAUUGGUUUCAUGUUCUGCCUCCAACAACUUGCUUGCAUAUUUUCAAUUGUUGCUAUGAUUGUUGGAAGUGAGGAGAUCCAGGAAGCUUCUCAGCUGCUGUCAUGUUUGUCUGACAUGGUCUACUGCACGGUUUGUGCCUGUAUGCAGACUCAACACAAGGUUGAAAUGGACAAGAGAGAUGGCAAGUUCGGUCCUCAACCAAUGGCAGUGCCACCUAUGCAGCAUAUGUCCCGACUAGAUCAGCCUUACCCACCAACUGUUGGAUAUCCUCCUCCAGCUUAUGGUCAACCACCUCCACAACAAGCUUAUCCAGCUCCUCCUCAACAAGCUUAUCCAGCUCCAGGCUAUCCGCCUGCUGGCUAUCCACCUGCGGGCUAUCCUGCCUCUGGUUAUCCACCUCCUGGCUAUCAGAAGUGAUCUUCUAAAGGAUUUGGUGCGUAUUUCUGGAAUUAAAAGAAAACUGGAAAUGAGUUUAUCUACCGUAGCAUGAACGGAGUGUGUAUUUGUAUAGAUUCAUUGGUGGAUGGCAACCGUAAUUGAACUUGUGUGCUCUGAGGUUUUCUAUAGAUUUUCGUCUCAAAGAAAAUUGUUUAUCCUCUUAAACGAUGAGAACAACAUCCCGCUGCAUCUUGCAGCGAAGUUCUAUUGGUGUUUGAAAUUGAAUUGGUAUCGUGAUGUGUCAAGUU